CCUUACUCCCAGCCCCCGCCUCGCCAUGAAAUUGCCAGGGUUUGGGGGGGUCCCUUUCCAACGGGGCGCCUUCUUAUGCAGACCUAGGAGAGGGGAGUGGCCAGGCUGGGUCCUCAAGGUGCCCAGACUGGGGGGCGUGUAGAUGAGGAGGCACGUGCACACUGGGGCGGCCGCGCUCCCUGGAGGAGGGGGCCCGGGAGCUCCCUGGAUCCAAGAGUGGAUUCCUGAGCAAAGCCUCCGCGGGUGGAGAAAGCGAGUAUGGCGGGGGCCACGGGGGUCCGAGUCCUGGCACGCGGCUGCGCACCCCCCGCUCCCCUGCGCCGCGGGCGGGGCUGGGGCCGGAAACGCGCGGCGGCGGCGGAUUCCUGCGCGGUGGGACAAGCCCGCGCCUGCGCGCCGCCCGGACAGGGCACGUCGCCCGCUUGGGGGGGUGGCAGGCCUGGGAGGAGGGACCCUGACCCCCCCUCACCGCCUGCCGGGGCGGGCCGCGAGGCUGGACGGGGGCGGCGCGGGGCGGGGGGCGGCAGAAGGCGCCUUUGUGUGCCGCGUCCCCGAGCGUGUCGCGGCGGGCCCGGCACCGGCCGCGCUCCAGCGCCCGCCCCCGGCCCGGCGCAUACCUGGCGAGGCCGCGAGGGGGUUCUGCGGGCCGAGCCCCGCCUGGGCUGCGCCGCCGCAGGCGGGAGAGGCUGAGGACCCUUUCGGGAAGCCCCUCCGACGGCUGCCCAGGUUGGACACUUGGUCAGAACCGUGCUCCCAGAGGGAGCCAGUAACAGAAGGAGCCAGGCUGCGGUCCACACCAAGGGCGGCCUACAGAGGAUCUUGGGCCCUCAGACCUCCACCUGCUGCAGAGCUGCCGCCAGUCAAGCCCUUGUUUCCAGCUUUCCGUGCCCUAAAUAAACUUCUGUCAGGAUUGAGCCGUCAGCAUUCUAUGGUGGGUGUCGCUGCUGUGAGGCUGCCCUCGUGCACGCACGCUCCUCUCAGGGGAAGGCGAUCUGCCGUGACAUCCCCGUUAGAGAAGUUUCCCGCCUGCGUGCCCUCGCACUUCUCAUGCAGGUGGCUCCUCCAUCUGCUCCUGUGUGGUUUCUUCUUUUGGUUCCUUCAUUAUCUCUCUUUUGGUGCUGUUUCCCAGGGAAUUAACUGCUAGAAGUUUGGUCAGUCCUCAGCUCUCCUCUUCACCCUUUUCUGUAGAUUCAAACAGACACUGAACUGUUCACCUGGCAUUGGGGCAGAAGGAAGGGCAGGCUCGGCCCCUGGCCCUGGUCUACAGCAGCUGCGUGGCCUUAGGGCAGCUCCUUCCACAUUUUCUGGCCUCAUCUGCACAGAAAGGCACCUCCCUCACAGCAGGACCUGCCUUGGACGC